AUCCCAGCACUUCCAGUGCUCGGCGACGGGCGACGGGGGGCUCGCCCGCUGGCUCAACCAGGACGGCACCUUCUGGUGCACUUGGCCGGGCCUGGAUACGUUCUCGAUGCCUGCUCAGGUGGGGCAUGUGAAGUCUCACACGGACGGGAAGGGCAGAGAGGUACGCACGGCGGGGUGUAAAUGCCAAGGCGUGAAAUUCGAGAUCCUCCGCUCUGGGGAUCUGGCCUCGGAGGGGAAAUGGGAUGCACACCAUUGUUUUUGCUCCGACUGCAGGCUCUCGCUUGGUCAUCUCCUGCCGUCCUUCGUUUCCGUCGACGACGACCAUAUUACCUGGCUGGAGAAGGGAACGCUGAAAACGUACGACAGUAAUUUGGAGAAAGGCACUCAGCGACUCUUUUGCAGCAAGUGUGGGGCGAGCGUCGGCAAGCGGCUCGCCUCCGGAUCAAAACUGGACGUGAAUCUGGGCAUGAUCGAGCUGGAUGGAGAGUCGGAGGAGGGAGGGAACGGCGAGGGCCUAGCGGGGGUGUUGAAGGAAUGGACGGUUUGGAACGGGCCUCGGUUCUUGGAGGAGACGAAGAUCGGGAGGCUGGGUGAUGAGAUCUUGAUGGGUAUGAAGAGGGAUGGGUUUUGACGGCUUAUGAAGCUUCAAAUUUCUGUUCGAGGACUUCUGAGAGUUUGAAUAGGGUUGUUGGGAAUUAAGAAUUAGCUUUGACUUUUGAUAGAAAUUGC